CUAACCUGGCAACCCAUCAUCGACAUCGUCACUUCCGAAGUCCAGGACUCUGGUUCCACGUUUUGCUACCUGGGAUCGCUCGAUUAUUGUUAGUUUUGCAUCAGCCGUACGGGUCAAACCGAUGUUGUUGUGCUCCUCGGUCGUCGCAGGUGUUGCGGUGACCCGGCGAUGACCGCUCUCAGCCCGGCGGAGGCCACAUUUCUCCAGCUAACCGCGCAGUAGCUGAGAGGCUCGCCGCCUUGCGGGACCGAGGCUAGCAGUGAACGACAGCGUCUGAGCGGCUCAGCACGUUACACCAAAAUGGCAACCCCCUAUGUUACAGAUGAGUCCGGGAAAUACAUUGCUGCCACCCAGCGACCUGAUGGAACCUGGAGGAAGCCGAGGCGGGUGAAAGAUGGUUAUGUCCCACAGGAAGAAGUCCCUGUCUAUGAGAACAAGUAUGUGAAGUUUUUCAAGAGCAAGCCGGACUUGCCGCCUGGCAUGAACCCGGCAGAUGCAGCUCAGCCAAAGCAGCAGCAGCAGCAGAAGAUCCCUGGCUGUGGGGAGAGCGAGACAGCUGGCCUCUCGAAGACUGCCAAACGCAACAUGAAACGUAAAGAAAAACGAAAACAGCAGCACCAAAGCCAGGACGGCAACGUUGAUGCGGAAGUGGAGUCUGUAAGAGAUGGUGUUGAGAAUGUGUCCGUUUCAGAAGGCGGCGAGUCGUCACAGAAGACGGCGGCGGCGGUGGUCUCUUCCUCGGUUCCUGACGAUGCCUCAGCAGCAGCAGCAGCAACUGAAAAGGCCAAGAAGAUCAAAAACCUCAAAAAGAAGCUGCGGCAAGUGGAGGAAUUGCAGCAGAAAAUGGACUCUGGGGAAAUCAAACAGCCAACAAAGGAUCAGUUGGAAAAGCUCGGCCGGGCAAAGGCCUUGCAAGAUGAGUUACAGCAGCUUGAGCGUGACUCUUGAAGCACGGCUGCUAAAAAGGACAGCAGUUUAGUCGCACAAACUGUUUGAAAAUACAAAUGAAACACUGAGAGACAGAGAGGGGACUUUUGCAGCUUUGUGAUCUUAGUUUCCCUUGAGCAUACUCUGCCUGUUUGGUAUUCAACAUGAACUCCAGCUUUGGAAAUGAACGCAGUGCGAGCACCUCUCAAACAGAGAUUAACAGGAUGUCUGAGCGGCUGACACAGCAUCUCCAGAGCUGACAGGCAGUUACGUGUUUCCCCAGUUCAAACCAGUUGGUGUAAACAGUUUUUAGAUCUCCUGAUGAUGUGCUUGUACUGGCCAGACCAUCCAGUCAUUACAUUUUAACAGAAAACAUCUUGUGAAUCGUUUUGUGCAUGUCCUUUUUUUUGCUUUUUGUACUUUUCAUAGGAUCAGAUAUUACCUAGACAUACAAACUGAAAAUACCAACAUUUUCAGAACAAGAGAAUAUAGUUUGUUGACCUAUCUGCUUUAGAAAACAGUGCAACAAUUAUGACCAAUAUUGGAUGGCCUCUGACUUAAUGAAUUCACACUAUUGUUGAGACACUCUGUUGGCGACACGGUCCAUGUAUUAAUUAAAUUCCCAUGCUAUGUAAAAACGUUUAUCUUGUUGCUUUCUGUAUAACCAGUUCAAUAGAUCCAAAGGUUAGGUAGCAUGAAGAACAGUGCAGGUAUUUUAGAGGGCAGGAUGUCUCAGAAACAGUUGAGUGUAGUGAUAUUUUAAAAGCAAAUCCUGUACCUUCUAAUAGCCUAAAUCUUUUAAUCCUGCAUGAGCGUUUGCAAGGAAAAUAUGCCUUUUCUGCUUAGUCACAAGAUGAGGUAUCCCCCUGAAAUGGAAAAAGGCUUUUUUUAAAAAAAAAAAAAAAAUACAAAAUGCCCUCUACUGGUGAGAAA